CCCACUUUAGAUGCUGAGCUGAUGUUUGACAAAGAUGUCUACACGGUUUCUGAUGCUGUUCUUGCUCUUCGCUCUUGUCACGGUCUGCCUGGCAGCUCCACUUCCUGACAGAAGUGCAGUGCUCCUUGCUCACCUUGAUGGAGGACCCACAGCACCACCUGGGACAUUACCACCAGCUCCUGACUCACACGACACAUCAGAUUCCCCAGGUGUUGACCACUCCCAAGAAGAAGCUGGAGCACAACCAACUUUUGAGGACAACCAAGCGGAACUACAAGGUGUAUCGGACUCUCCAGAUUCAGUUCCAGAGUAUGCAGAAUCACCAGAGUCUGUGGAAACAGAAGAGUCCUCAGAAUCACGAGAGUCUGCGGCAUCACCAGAGUCUGCAGACAAACCAGAGUCUGAUGAAUCAUCAGAAUCUGUAGAAACACCAGAGUCUGCUGAAUCACCAGAGUCCGUAGAAACACCAGAGUCUGCUGAAUCACCAGAGUCCAUAGAAACACUAGAUUCCAUAGAAUCACCAGAGUCUGCUGAAUCACCAGAGUCCAUAGAAACACUAGAUUCCAUAGAAUCACCAGAGUCUGCUGAAUCACCAGAGUCCGUAGACACACUGGAGCCCGUAGACACACCAGAGUCCAUAGAAACACAACAGUUUGCCGAAUCACCAGAGUCUGCAGAAGCACCAGAGUCUGUAAAAACACCAGAGAUUGCUGAAUCAUCCGAGUCUAUGGAAUUGCAUAAAUCUCUAGAGUCAGCCGAGUUACAAUCAGAGUCAAGUUCUGAGGUGGGUGAGGACAACAAGAAGACCGGCAGCGAUUCUGAGCCUGAGUCUGAAUUAGCCACAACUGACAUGGAUGACACUGGUGAUGACCAUGACAUGCUUGAUUUAGAGGAAGGCGGUGUAGUGGGGCCUGAGGUGGUAGAUGAGGACGAGAUACAGGUGGAAGAGGGAAGGGACAUACCAGAAAUAGAUUUGUCUGAGGAGUCCUACCUUGAGGAAGGGGACCCAGUGGUGAUCAAAGGGGAAGAAGAAAACUCUUCCAAGGAUGCAAGUGACAGCAGCAGAGACACCGUCGAGGAGGAGCAGAAUGUUGAAGAACCUGAAGAGAGCUCCCAAGUCUUUGAUUCCACUGAAGCAACUCCUAUUGAGCAACCAGACCCUACACCCCCACCUCAAAUGGAGUGAAUCAGACCUUCUUUCUGCAGGGAGGCAGAAUCAAGCGUGGGACUGCCUCACUGGACUUGUUUGGUAAGAGCCAAAACAUAAUCAGUACUUGGCUCUUCACUCUGAUGGAUGAACGUGUACAUACAGUAUGAUCCGUGGUUCCCACAACCCACUAAUAAACUUUACAUUCAUGGCCAA